UCUCAUCAAUCACUGUUUGCACAUACACAGUCACGAACAGUUGAGCUUGCUGUGUUUGGGGGAGGAGAUGUCCGUCCCGAGACGACUACACGAAUACUGAUGGCUCCGAGACGGUAGGCCUGCAUCGGGGCACGCGACGGGGCGUAUACGCUUGUCAGCAACCGCGCUCAAGGGGUAGAUAAGAACAAUAAAGAUACCUCCGACGCGCCGUCUUGCAAAGCGUCUUUCGCAUCCAGAAAACUCCUCUCAUCCGCUUGUUUCUACGCGCAUUAUGGCAGGCACAGUCCUAAUCACCGGCGCGAACGGUUCGCUAGCUUUACCAUCAGUCAAGUACCUGUUGGAAGCAUACCCAUCCUUCAACCUGCUUCUUACCGUCCGAGACGAUUCAGAGAAAGAUACAAACACCCUAAAACUUCGUCGACUUGUAGCCCAGCACCCCGACGGACAAGUGUCUAUAAGAAAACUCGACCUCUCUUCGCUGGAAAACGUUCGUGUCUUCAGCAAAGCGCUCCUUGCUGAGAUUGAGGGCAAGCAGCUUCCACCCAUCCGGUCGAUUAUCUGUAAUGCGAUGACAUGGAACUUGUCCGGCGGGCCGAAGUACUCGAAAGACGGAUACGAAAUUUCGAUUGCGGUGAACCAUCUUGCGCAUUUUGCUUUAUGUUGGAGGCUCAUUAGUGCCAUGGACCCAGUACAUGGCCGCAUCGUCUUUUCGGGCAGCGGCGCACAUCGACCAGAGGAAGCCAGCCUCGUCAAGGGAUAUCCGACUCAUAUCCCGAAAGACUUGGAAUUUUUGGUUCAUCCAGAAGCUGACAAGGAAGGCGAGGAGUUGGGACGAGGCUUCCAAAGAUAUGCCGUAAGCAAGUUGGUCUCCAUCAUGGUAAUGUACGAGCUCAAUCGUCGCCUCAAAGCCAAGAAAGAUAUAGAGUCCAUCCGCGCGGUUGCGGUCGAUCCUCUGGAUCUGAUUACAUCGCGGGCGUUCCAUCAGCCGCACGUUCCGCGAACGAUUCAGAUCAUGGCUACAGUCGUGACUUGGUUGUUGCCGUUGAUCAGCUACUUUCAGCCUCGAUUGGUGACCGUCGAACAAGCUGCAACAGCCUUCGUAGAUGUGGCAGUAGCCGACAGAUUUGAUGGGCAGGAGGGGUACUUCGAAGGGAAGAAUAGAGUUGAGAGCUCACAGGACAGCUUAGAUGUGGAGAUGCAACAAGCGUUGUGGUCCAGGAGCGUCGAAUGGUGUGGGCUGGACAGAGAGGAUGUGCCGAUGGGGUUGUAAAGGAAAGGGCGAGUUGUUUGGAACGUCUGUGGGCGCUCUUAGUGCCAGUCGGCGUGAUCGCCGGAAGCUGGGGAAGCCUCAAUCGCAGCUCCACC